AUGCCGACAUACAAGAACAGCCAGGAAUGGCUGCAGCAGUCAUCGCUGCUCCUCCAAGCUCGUCCAGCAACCACUAGAAUCACAACCAAAUACUCGAUAAAGGACGUCAAGCCUAGAAAAUCAAAGGCGGACGACGAGCAGGACAGCACGAUGCCUGACGCGGCGACCGCCAAGCCACCAAGGGGCAGCCUCGAGAUCAAGACAUACGACCCCGUCAGCGGUGUCGCGCUCAAGUACAGGACGACCAAGGCUGCUGAAGUCACACGUCUCAUCAAUUUGCUGGGCUCCCUGGGCCGCACCAUGGCGACAUCCAAGGCCCCCGCGGAGGUCAAGGAUGAAGCCGUGGCUGAUACACCUGCUGAGGAGAAGGGCGUGGGCUCGGCUGAGUUGAAGAGUGGCGCGCAGGAGAAGCCUCAACAAGCUGCGGGUGGCAGUGGUGGAAAGAAGAAGAAGAAGGGCAAGAAAUAA